UGUUUAUAUUAAUAUUUUUAUAUGUAUUUGUGUGUGUAAAUAUAUAUGAUAUAUAAACAAAUGAAUAUAUAUAUCUAUGAAUUUAUAUACAUAUCACUGUGAAACCAGAGAAGCAAGAGGAAAUUUCUACCAUCGGGGCUGGUCUCUGAUUGUGUGGUCAUAUACAAUAUUUUGAAUAUUUCCUUUGAUCUUCUACGUCAAGAGGACGAAGACUACGUGCCCGUUUUUGAUUUUUGUUUUCCUGUUGCUACUUCCCGCCCCUCAAGUUUUUUUCUUUUUUCAUCCGCAAGGAAUAAAGAGGAGAGUAACAGGAUUUGAUGAAACGGGAAAAUCUGUAGAAAUUCCUGUGAUUAGUGUUAUUUCCAUCGGCGCUACCGCUCUGUGAGCCGAUCGCAGCGUGCUGUGUGAGAUCUGAGGAGGCAGCAGAGACAGAGUGCCACGCCGCUCAGCUCAGCGUCAGCCCAGCCAGCACAGCCAGCAUGCACAAACACCACCACUGCUGCAAGUGCCCAGAAUGUUAUGAGGUGACCCGUAUGGCUGCCCUGCGCAGGAUGGACGCCCCAUCAUAUGGAGGAGACUGGCAAGCCGAACCCUAUGGAUACCCACCUGGGUAUGGGGGAGGCCAGACCUUACCCCCUCCGGCCUCAGGGGGAGGUGGAAGCAUGGGAGGAGGAGGGGGCACUUUGGGGAGAAGUAAGGGCAAGAUAAUGUCUGGUGGGGGCCCUGGAGGCCCCAACCCCAAGGGCCAAUCCAAGGGCGGCCCCAAAGUAAACGGCAACAACUCUGGUGGGCAAGGAGGAUGGUGGCCAGAGUGCACCUGUACCAACCGGGAGUGGUAUGACCAGGCCAACCCUCCCCCCAUCAUUGUCAACGCAGACUCACUAGAUGCAGGCCCUUAUGUGAAUGGCAGUGAUGGGAUGUAUAAAUAUGAAGAGAUCAUUUUGGAGAGGGGGAAUUCUGGCCUUGGCUUCAGCAUUGCUGGAGGAAUGGACAAUCCCCACAUCCCUGAUGACCCAGGGAUCUUCAUCACCAAGAUCAUCCCAGGAGGAGCAGCUGCUAUGGAUGGACGUCUGGGGGUGAAUGACUGUGUGCUGCGUGUGAACGAGGUGGACGUGUCGGAGGUGGUCCACAGCCGGGCGGUGGAGGCCCUGAAGGAGGCAGGGCCGGUGGUAAGGUUGCUGGUCCGGCGGAGGCAGGCCCCACCUGAGACCAUUCUGGAGGUCAACCUGCUCAAAGGGCCCAAAGGGCUCGGAUUCAGCAUCGCAGGAGGGAUUGGCAACCAGCAUAUCCCUGGAGACAACAGCAUUUACAUCACCAAGAUCAUUGAAGGAGGAGCAGCCCAAAAAGAUGGACGGCUGCAGACUGGAGACCGCCUGCUAGCUGUGAACAACAUCAUCCUACAGGAUGUGCGUCAUGAGGAGGCGGUGGCAGCACUGAAGAACACCUCUGACAUGGUGUACCUCAAGGUGGCCAAGCCAGGACCUGUGCACCUCAAUGACAUGUAUGCCCCUCCAGACUACUCCAGCACCUUCCCCACCAUGGUGGACAACCAUGUCAGCCACAACUACAUGGGGGGCAUGGAGCCCAAGCCAGUGUACCAGCCGCCUCAAGUCACCCCGUCCAGGUACUCGCCAGUCCCGCGCCACAUGCUGGGGGAGGAAGACUUCACAAGGGAGCCGAGGAAGGUGCUGCUGCACAAGGGUUCCACAGGCCUGGGCUUCAACAUAGUUGGCGGCGAGGAUGGAGAGGGUAUCUUCGUCUCCUUCAUCCUGGCAGGAGGUCCGGCUGACCUGAGUGGCGAGCUGAGGAGGGGUGACCGGAUUUUAUCAGUGAAUGGGGUGAACUUACGAAAUGCCACCCAUGAGCAGGCAGCUGCAGCACUGAAGAGGGCUGGUCAGACUGUCACUAUCAUUGCUCAGUACCGGCCUGAAGAGUACAGCCGCUUUGAGUCCAAGAUCCACGACCUGAGGGAGCAAAUGAUGAACAGCAGCAUGAGCUCGGGAUCGGGCUCCCUGCGCACCAGUGAGAAGCGCUCCCUCUAUGUCAGAGCUUUGUUUGACUACGACCGGACCAGGGACAGCUGUCUGCCCAGCCAGGGCCUGAGCUUCUCUUACGGCGACAUCCUCCAUGUCAUAAAUGCGUCUGAUGAUGAGUGGUGGCAGGCAAGGUUGGUCACACCCCAUGGAGAGAGUGAGCAGAUUGGGGUCAUUCCAAGCAAGAAAAGAGUGGAGAAGAAAGAGCGGGCCAGGUUAAAAACAGUCAAGUUCCACGCCAGGACGGGCAUGAUUGAGUCCAACAGGGACUUCCCAGGGUUAAGCGAUGACUUUUAUGGAUCAAAGAGUUUGAAAUGCCUGACAUCCAACACGAGUGACAGUGAAAGCAGUUCAAAGGGCCAGGAGGACACAAUUCUUUCCUAUGAGCCAGUCAUUCGACAGGAAAUUCACUACACAAGGCCUGUGAUCAUCUUGGGCCCAAUGAAGGACAGAAUAAAUGACGACCUCAUCUCUGAGUUCCCCCACAAGUUUGGCUCUUGUGUUCCCCACACGACUCGUCCAAGGCGAGAGAAUGAGAUGGACGGUCAGGACUACCACUUUGUGGCCUCGCGAGAGCAAAUGGAGAAAGACAUUCAGGAUAAUAAGUUCAUUGAGGCUGGCCAGUUCAAUGAGAACCUCUACGGGACAAGCAUCUUGUCUGUCAGAGCAGUGGCUGAGAGGGGAAAACACUGCAUUCUGGAUGUGUCUGGGAAUGCUAUAAAACGACUGCAACAAGCACAACUUUAUUCGAUUGCCAUCUUUAUAAAACCAAAAUCCAUUGAAGCCCUAAUGGAAAUGAAUAAGAGGCAGACGUACGAGCAGGCCAAUAAAGUCUUUGACAAGGCAAUUAAGCUGGAACAAGAAUUUGGAGAGUAUUUCACAGCCAUUGUACAGGGUGACUCACUAGAGGAGAUCUACAACAAAAUCAAGCUAAUCAUCGAGGAGCAGUCUGGCCCCUACAUCUGGAUCCCCUCCUCAGAGAAGCUCUGAGCUCCCAGCUGUCCCCUCUGCGUCUGUGCAGAGCUCCCCUCCUGCCUCCCAGAGACCCCACCCAGGUCCAAAUAGCCUCCCCUCCUCCGCCCUUUUUGCAGAUAUGUUUCAUAUCAAGUUUUAGUGUCAUCAUUAUGUUACUCUCUAAAUGAAAAAGUCUUAUCACCAUUACUGUGACUGUGCACACCCCUGCAUGAGUUUCUCAACAAAUCCAUUCAAGACUGGAAAUGCCAUUCCAAAUGAAUUAAUCAAUUUAAAAACAAAAAAGGGAAAAAGGAAUUAAUCCUUUUAUGAACUGGGACUGACUGUGAAGAUCAGAAUGUUUUACAGAAUUCCGGAGAGAGGAGUUGGGAUCCAAAAGAAGUUGCAGGGGAACAGAGACAAAUCAUACCAAGUUGGAACACUUUGUAAAUGUUCAUCAAAUCACAUUUAAAAAGACAGCAAGAUGAGAAGUGAAGACCAAUUGAGGUUUUUUUGUUUUGUUUUGUUUUGUUUUUUCUAAAAAGGACUGGAUAAAAUCGAGCCCAGCUGAUGGUACUGUUCAAGGAGUUCUCUCUCGUGUUUAUAAUGACUGAGGAAAUUGAUGGAGAAACCUACAAACUGGUGAUCUAUUUAUCACAAACCAGCUUGCUGUUUGGUUGUCUGCCAGUUGUCUGUGCUGCAGCCCAUAAAGACAUCUUGGGAGGCUGAUCAAAAGGAAGAAAUGCGUUGUGAAUCUCUACAUUUAUAUUAUGAAAUCACAAGAUAAAUGAUAAAAUCCUACUGAGAUUUUACUACAUAUUAAAAGCUACACAUUUUACACUUCACUAGAAUUGUCUACUUGGAGGGCUGUUAGAUUUCAUUUCUUUCUUUUUUUCUUUUUGUGGGAAUUUUUUUGCUUGUGGUUUUUAGCUGCUCUGUGUAAAGGAUGGGGGUAGAGAAGUGUAACUGGGCUCUCUGCAAAACACCAAACUGCCUUACAUCAAAUACAAAUUCUGUUUUGUGACUACCUGUUGUCUGUGAGGGAGGCUGCACACAACUGACAAGGGAAAAAGAGGAGCCAUUCUCAUUUUUCCUUUACUUUUUGUGUCCUCCAACUUCCAGGAGGCCUGACGCGAGUGCAAUAGAUAAAACGCAGAGUCUCACCUCUGUGGGCACCUAUUCUCCCCUGUACUUCAACCCCUUUCCUCUGUAACCGAAGAAUUAGGCCAUUGGAUUCCAAUUUGGAUGGCCAAAGCCUCCCAACUCAUGUUGAGCAGCAGACCACCCUAUUACACUCUCUGCCUUCCAAGAGGAUUCUCUUCUGAUUGAAUGGUCACAUGGUACUGUCCUAUCUGCCGCCUUGGUGGUGGCCUUGAAACGGGUAGAACAAGACAAUAAUUGUAUUGGAUGUCCUAACAAUUAAAGAGUCAAUAUAACCUGUUUUGGAUUGUCCCCCUUUUCCCCUACCCAAAAGAACACUAAAGAUGGGUUUGAUUAAACCUAUAUGCUCUGUGUAUCUAUAAA